AUGGACGAGGAUAUCCUUAGCGACGUUGUUCCCAGCAAUAUUGUCUCGCGUCAGGAAACUGCUGAACGACAACAGAAAAAACAAAAGCGCAAGGUUGAGGAAGGCCAACUCCAAGUAAAAAGGCAAGAGAUGGAUAAGGCAAAGAUUACGGAUGCUGUAAAACGUUACUCUUAUCUUCUGGGUCAAACCGAACUUUUCAAGCAUUUCGUUGAUAUCAAAAGAGCUCGUGAUCCAGAAUAUGCUGCCAUGUUGGAUGCUCAACCUAAACCCAAAGGUAGAGGGAGAAAGAAAGCAGUUGACCAAAAUGCACGCCAUCGUAAAUCAGAAAGAGAGGAAGACGAAGAAUUGCUCAAAGAUGGCGAAUUAGCAGCAGAUGGAAACGACCAGCCUUUCGUCUUUGAAGAGUCGCCGAGUUUCAUAAGUGGACUAAUGAGGCCUUAUCAGCUCCAGGGCCUCAACUGGAUGGUAUCAUUACACCACAAUGGAUUGAAUGGGAUCCUGGCAGAUGAGAUGGGCUUGGGCAAAACUCUUCAGACAAUAUCAUUUUUGUCUUACCUGAAACACUAUCGUGAUACCUCUGGCCCGCAUCUCAUUGUUGUACCAAAGUCAACUCUCCAAAACUGGGCUCGCGAGUUUGAAAGAUGGACGCCUGACGUUAAUGUCGUUGUCCUUACAGGUACUAAAGAAGAGCGCGCAGAAAUUAUCGCCAAUCGUCUCAUACCACAGGAUUUCGAAGUCUGUGUCACUUCAUAUGAGAUUUGUCUUAUAGAAAAGUCUGCACUCAAGAAGUUUUCAUUCGAAUAUAUCGUCAUCGACGAGGCCCACCGCAUCAAAAACGUCGACUCAAUACUUUCGCAAAUCGUGCGCUCAUUUUUGUCUCGUGGACGACUCUUAAUUACUGGCACGCCAUUGCAAAACAGCUUGAAGGAGCUGUUUGCUUUGCUCAAUUUCAUUUGCCCGGAAAUUUUCUCCGAUUAUGCGGAUUUGGACAGCUUCCUUCAUAAAGAUGAUGAAGGGGCUGAAGGAGAGGAAGAGACCAGUAAAAAGGUUGUCGAAGCUCUUCAUAAAAUCUUGCGACCAUUCCUACUGAGGAGAGUGAAAUCCGACGUAGAGAAAAAUCUGUUGCCAAAGAAAGAGAUUAAUAUCUACAUUGGCUUGACGGAGAUGCAGAGGAAAUGGUAUCGUUCCGUCUUACAAAAGGACAUUGAUGCCGUCAAUGGGCUCACCGGUAAAAAGGAAGGAAAGACUAGAUUAAUGAAUAUGGUUAUGCAGUUGCGGAAAGUGACAUGUCAUCCUUAUCUUUUCGAUGGAGCAGAACCGGGUCCACCCUACACCACUGAUGAACACAUUAUAGAGAACUCUGGGAAAAUGAUCAUUCUGGAUAAACUUCUCCAAUCAAUGCAGGCGAAGGGCUCCAGGGUUCUUAUUUUUAGUCAGAUGAGUCGGGUACUAGAUAUCUUGGAGGAUUAUUGUCUAUUCAGAAGCUUUAAAUACUGUCGUAUCGAUGGUAGUACGGCGCAUGACGAUCGCAUAGUUGCUAUCGAUGAAUACAACAAACCAGAUAGCGAGAAGUUCAUCUUCCUCUUGACGACUCGUGCAGGUGGCCUGGGGAUAAACUUGACCACUGCAGACAUUGUUAUUUUAUAUGACAGUGAUUGGAACCCACAAGCUGAUCUGCAGGCUAUGGAUCGUGCUCAUCGUAUUGGCCAGACUAAGCAGGUAUACGUUUUCCGAUUCAUAACUGAAGAUAGUGUAGAAGAGCGUAUGCUUGAGCGCGCAGCACAAAAACUGCGGCUGGAUCAACUAGUUAUUCAGCAAGGUCGACAGCAAACUUCGAAGGCUGCCAACAAAGAUGAGCUGUUAGAGAUGAUUACUCAUGGCGCCGACAAGAUAAUUAAUUCAAACGACGAAUCAUUGAUAAAUGAUGAUAUUGAAGCUAUCAUUCAACGCGGUGAAGAGCGAACACAAGAAUUGAACAGCAAAUAUGAAGGACUCAACCUCGAGGAUCUUAGUAAUUUCAAGUCAGAUAACUCUGUUCAGCAGUGGGAAGGAGAGGAUUUCCGCUCAGGGCGCAAAGCACUGAACUUCAACAUGUUGUCUCUGUCCAAGCGUGAACGUAAAACGAACUAUUCAGUAGACAGCUACUUCAAAGAUACACUACGUGCUGGACCCUCAAAGACGGAGAAAGCUCCCAAGAUUCCUCGUGCACCCAAACAAAUUCAAAUACAAGACUUUCAGUUCUUUGAUCCUGCUCUCGCCCAACUUCAGGAGCGUGAACUUGCCGUUCAUAAGAGAUUGAAUGGCAUCGUUGCUGUUGCUCGGGAGGCACAAGGACCUGAAGAUACCCCAGAGAAACUGGAGACUGAACGGCAAGCCGCUCAAGAGUUUAUAGACACUGCUGAGCCUCUAACAGAAGAAGAGCAGCAGCAAAAGGAAGAGUACACAGAGAGAGGUUUCUUUGACUGGAGUCGACGAGAUUUCCAACAAUUCGUUCGCGCACUAGAGAACUUCGGAUGGACGGAUAAUUAUGAAUUGCUGGCUUCUGAAAUCCAGGAUAAGGACGCAAAACAAGUCAAAGAGUAUUAUGUCUAUUUCAAGAAACAUUGGAAAGAGUUAUCAGAGCACCCUAGGAUUGCAACACGCAUUGCGGAAGGCGAGGCCAAACGCAACAAGCGGUCUAAUCUCGAAUCUCUUCUGGCCAAGAAAAUAGCCUCUGUCCACUAUCCUAUGCAGGAACUAGAGCUGAAUUACCCUACUACAAAGGGCAAGGUGUACACUGAAGAAGAAGAUAGAUAUCUGCUAUGUCGACUGAAUCACUAUGGGAUGCGCGCGGAUGACGUAUAUGAGAGGAUCAAGAAAGAUAUCACGGAAUUCCCUGUAUUCCGGUUUGACUGGUUCUUCAAGAGUCGGUCCCCGCAGGAGCUUCAACGAAGAUGUAAUACAUUGCUUGGGAUGAUCGAGAAGGAAGCAGAGGUAAAGCAACAGGAGGAGGUCAAGGCUAAAGGUGGUGCGAGAGGAAAGAAGCGUGGCAUUGAUGAAGUGCAAAAGGCCGAUAAAGAAAAGGGGAAAGACGAAAAGGUGUCGCGUUCGUCGUCUCCAAGCAACACGGUGCCAGCACCGAAGAAAUCGCACAAGAAGAAGAAAGUUUAGGGCCUGUGCUUCUGAUGAUGCUGUAUUCGUUUCCUUCAUGCUAUCCAUGUAUAACAGGCAAAUACAUACAUAUGUAGAGUAUUAUCCUUGAUUUAAUUCAUCCCGAGGUGGGCAAAUCAUGCAACAGGCGUGAGAUUAAUGGCAAUUUAUGUAUAUACCGCUCGGACGCCCACUCUAAGUAAAUACAACAUUGAU